GUUCAUCUUGAGAGGAAGAUAGACACUAAUACUGUCUCAUCAGAUACUAUGAUGAGACUGAUGAAAGGGAAGGACAAGGUGAGUAUUGAGGAAGAAACCCAAGAAAAACUCAUGAAGGAUGCAAUGCGGAAGACUUAUUGUGGGACUGCACCCAUUGAGUCUGAGAGUCAGGUCGCUUUCUCCACGUCGUGUCUGGGAGGAGUGGCUAAGGAGUGGGUGUUGUCCGAAGCCAACGCUGCUGGCUUCAAAGAUAUUGAAAAGUUACCCCUCGACGGGUCUGAGGGAGGAGGAGGUAAUGGCGGCAGUGAGUUUGGGAAGGGUGACGUCACUGCCGCAAUGGCCAACAAGGAAGGCCAAGAGGAUGACUCUUCUUCAACCCAUCGUCCAGAGCACCCUGACACUGUCCUUCGCUCUGACUCACUGGACGAUUCCCUUGACGAACUCGACAAUGAACUCGUAGCACUUCGGAGUUCGUGGGCUAAGAAAGCAAAGACUAAGGGUAAAUUAGUGAUCGCGGAUAUUGAGAUUGCGCACACGCGAGUAGGUGCACUGUUAGAUCCAGGAUCGACGCAGUCUUACACCUCAGAGAAGGCAAUUCAAAAAUUGCAUACGGGAUUGAAGGUAAAAGAUUUACCUCGACCUAUCACGUCUAUGCUGGUUGACAAGAGCACGAUCACCAGCUCUCAAUACGUCAAUCGUGUCAAGCGUCAUUUAAGGACGAAGGAAGGAAAUAAUAUUUUACAUGAGAUAUCCUUCCUAAUAGAAAAGAAUCUGCCAUUUGACAUGAUUUUGGGAAUGGAUUGGCGCGAGGAAGCCGACCCAGAGGUAGAGGUGCGCUGGUGGGGAAGCGGUAGCAGAGCGGGUGGAGGUGAGCGCGGGCGGACGGGAGUGGAAAGGAGCGCAGGUGCAGGGAAGCACUGGCGGAGGGUAGUGGAAAGGAGUGCAGGCGCAGGGGAGCGGUGGUGCAGGAGAGCGCUUGCAAAGGGGUGCGCUGGCGGAGGGGAGCGGAGGGGAGCACUGGUGCGAAGAGCGGCGGAGGAGGGGGUGGAGCGGCGGUGGAUCGAUGGAGAUAGAGUAGCUGGGGGGUGGAGAGUGGCGAAGGAGGGGAAAGGGCCAGAGGACCAGCCGAUAGGUGGAAGAGCAGCGGAGCAAGGGGGGGAGCGCAGGCGGAGGGGAGCGGCCAAAAGGGAGUGGAGGGGAGCGCUGGCAGAGGGGAGCACAGGCGGAGGAGAGCGCUGGCGGGGGGUGCGCUGGUUGAGGGGAGCAAGGACCACAGGUGCAGGGGAGCGGGCGGGCAGGAGAGCGCUUGCGAAGGGGUGCGCUGGCGGAGGGGAGAGGAGGGGAGCACUGGUGCGAAGAGCGGCGGAGGAGGGGGUGGAGCGACGGCGGUGGAGAUGGAGUAGCUGGGGGGUGGAGAGUGGCGGAGGAGAGGAAAGGGCCAGAGGAGCAGCCGAUAGGUGGAAGAGCAGCGGAGCAAGGGGGGGAGCGCAGGCGGAGGGGAGCGGCCAGAAGGGAGUGGAGGGGAGCGGCCAGAAGGGAGUGGAGGGGAGCGCUGGCGGAGGGGAGUACAGUGGCAGUCGAGCGUGGUAGUGUAGAGUCGAGCAGUGAAGUCGAAGUCGAGCGCAGCAAUGU